AUCGCUGUCCCUGGGCUUGUGAGUGAACCUGUGCUUCUCUCUCUCUGUGUGUGUGUGUGUGUGUGUGUGUGUGCAGGUAAAGAGGAGCCCAGCACCUACACAUGCACAACCUGUAAGCAGUGUUACGGCAGCGCCUGGUUCCUGCUUCAGCACGCCCAGAACACCCACGGCUUCCGCAUCUACCUGGACAGCGAACACGGCAGCCCCCUAACCCCCCGCAUGGGCCGGCCCCCCUCCCUGGGCGGGGGCGCGGACUGCCCCACCCAGCCCCCCCUCCACGGGCUGCACCUGGCUGAGGCCAGCCCCUUCAACCUCCUCCGCAUCCCCGGGUCUGUGUCCGGGGGCCGGGACAGCUCCGGGGGUGGAGGGGGGGCCCACCACCACCACCACCACCACCAGCGCUUUCCACCGACUCCCCCGCUCUUCAGCCCUCCUCCGCGCCACCACCUGGACCCCCACCACCUGAGCCAGGAGGAUCUGGCAAUGGCGGCCCACCACCCGAGUGCCUUCGACAGGGUGCUGCGCCUCAACCCCCCCCUGGCCCUGGACCCUCCGCCCGCCAUGGACUUCUCGCGCCGGCUCAGGGAGCUGGCGGGGAACACCUCAGGGUCCACUCCCCCGCUGUCGCCCAGCCGGCCCAGCCCCAUGCAGCGGCUGCUUCAGCCCUUUCAGCAGGGCGGAGGAGGGGGGGGCGCGGCGGGGGCCGGGGGCAAACCUCCGUACCUCUCCACCCCUCCUCCGCUCCCCAACUCCACGCAGUCUCCGCCGGGCUCCCAGACGGCCCCCAGCACCCCCCUGCCCUCGUCGGCCUCCCAGCCCUCCUCCACCUCCCUGAAGAGCAAGUCGUGUGAGUUUUGCGGGAAGUCCUUCAAGUUCCAGAGCAACCUGAUCGUCCACCGGCGGAGCCACACCGGAGAGAAGCCCUACAAAUGCCACCUGUGCGACCACGCCUGCACGCAGGCCAGCAAGCUGAAGCGCCACAUGAAGACGCACAUGCACAAGUCUUCCUCCCCCAACGCCGGGAAGUCGGAGGACGGCCUCUCCACGGCCUCGUCUCCGGAGCCGGGCACCAGCGAGCACAUGGGCAGCGCCAGCAACGCCCUGAAGUCAGUGGUGGCCAAGCUGAAGAGCGAGAACAACCGCCUGCUGCGGGAGAACGGCGAGGAGGAGGAGGAGGAAGAGGAGGAGGAGGAAGAGGAGGAGGAGGAGGAAGAGGAGGGGGAGGAGGAGGAAGAGGAGGGGGAGGAGGAGGAGGAAGAGAACCUGGAGGCAGGUAGGAGGAACAGCAACAACUACCAUUUUGGCUUGAACUUGGAGGCAGCUCGUCACCAUGAGAACAACGGUGGCGUGGGGGGUCGCCUGGCCGCGGGCGGGGACGAGAUCACCCGGCCUCGCUCCCUCCCGGAGGUGAUGCAGGGCAUGGGUCUGGCUGCCAGCAUGCAGCACUUCAGCGAAGCCUUGCAGGCUCACAAACGCAACGCAGCACUGGGCCACGACAACCACCUGCACCUCCACCGCGACCUCCACCACACCCGCGCGCUCUGCGACGAGGACUCCGUCCUGGAGUCGGACCGCGGCCAGGACGGGUGCGGCUCGGCGGUCAACGGGCGGGGCGCGUCCCCCAGCGAAACCGCCUCCGUGGGCCUCUCCAAGAAACUGCUCCUGGGCAGCCCCAGCCCCCUCAGCCCCUUCUCCAAGCGCAUCAAGCUGGAGAAGGAGUUCGAUCUGCCCACGCCCACCAUCCCCAACACCGAGAAUGUCUACUCUCAGUGGCUGGCCGGCUACGCUGCAUCUCGCCAACUCAAGGACCCCUUUCUGACUUUCGGGGACUCCAGACAAUCGCCCUUCGCCUCUUCGUCCGAGCACUCGUCGGACAACGGCAGCCUGCGUUUCUCCACCCCUCCCGGGGAGCUGGAUGGGGGGGUGUCGGGGCGCAGCGGCACGGGUAGCGGGGGCAGCACGCCGCACCUGGGGGGCCAGGGGAGGCCCGGCUCCAAGGAGAGCCGGCGCAGCGACACGUGCGAGUACUGCGGCAAGGUGUUCAAGAACUGCAGCAACCUGACCGUGCACCGGCGCAGCCACACGGGGGAGCGACCCUACAAGUGCGACUUGUGCAACUACGCCUGCGCCCAGAGCUCCAAGCUGACUCGCCACAUGAAGACCCACGGCCAGGUGGGAAAGGACGUGUACAAGUGUGAGAUCUGUCAGAUGCCCUUCAGCGUCUACAGCACCUUGGAGAAACACAUGAAGAAGUGGCACAGCGACCGUCCGCUGAGCGCUGAAAUCAAGUCUGAGUAGUUUGUGGGAGGGCGAGCGGUAGGCGUUAGUCUGUCUCCAGGCCAGCCCUCCCCUGGAUCCACGUCCCCUUGUACAUUCUCCUUCCCAAGGCCCACAUCUUUCGCCAGUACGGUGGAAGCUAAGACGAUGUGCUCUGCACCAGCACACCCCGUUUCCAUUACCUGUUGAAUGCAUGAUCUGUAUCGGGGCAAUAUUCUUGCAUUGACGCAAACUUCGAGCCUUUCUCUUGUGCAAUAAUUUACAUGUUGUGUACUUUUUCAUUUCCUUUUUUAUUUUUUUAUUUUUUUCUUCUUUUUAUUUUUUUUCAAUUUUUUGAUAAUUAGACAGCAUGCCUAGUAUGUUUUGGCUAAUUAGAAAAAAAAGAAACUGUCCCUGAUUGGUUAGUUGUUGAGUAAAUGUGUUGGUAUUUUCUAGUUCAGUUUUUUUAUUUUCUAAAAGAGAAAAGACAGGAAAAGAUCCGACCAUGCUGCAUACGUUCUGUGACACAUAUCAUGUACAGUUUUAUGUUGUAACACGGAGGACGAACAGUCUUCAGCUUAUCCCAUUCUUGAACACCUGGGAAUCACACUUAACCCUGAUCUUUCUGAAAGAUGUCCUGUCCACGGCGGGUGAAUCAAAUUCGGCGCGAUUAUUAAACGCAAAGCAGUGACAGCCUUUGAAUUUCUUUAAAAGACGAGGAGGUGAUAAGAUUAGAAUUUGUACUAUCAUUUGGUAAAACAAAAAAAAAGAGUGCCUUUGAUAUCUUAAGACUGCAUUGGUUAAUGAUCUUCCUAUCUGCUAUAAGCUUGUGGUCGCAGCCAGAUACUGGAUAAGGGUUUAAACACCCAAGGAAGGGUUCUUGCAUCAAGUACCUGACUUUAAGAUUAACUGGUCAUAGACGUAAAUAAGUCUUAUAAAAAUUCUAGUUAAUCAUAAUUUAUCUACCUAUUAUAUGUACUGCAGUAUCUUUAAAAUUGUGGAUUUUUACAGCUGGAAAGGCACAGGCAUCAUUGGGUGUAACUGCACUGUUUGCAGGUUCUAAUUAGGAGGUACUUAACACAAAGGUACUCUGUAAUGUACAAUCCUGGCCGACACAGGCUUGUCUUUAUAGUAGCACAAAAUACAAAUGCUGCUUGGAUCUGGGUGACUGGAGCCAAUAGUACAUGGAUUCCAAACAACUUUGUCGCAUUUCAAAGUAUACAAAAUCGACUUAGAACCUUUACCAAGGUGGUUGGGAGAGAUUUUAUCUAUUAAAGUACAUUCUAAUUGUACAUUUUGAACAGUGAUGAUUAACUAUGAGUUGCAGAAACUUGAAAGCAAACAAAUGAAAGUAACCAUUGAGAGAAGCUGCUGCUUUCGUGCUCCAGCUCUCUAAACGAUGUGAAAACAAGAGGAGAGUGAUAACGGGUCUAGUAUGUAAUACAGGGCAUAAUCUCUUUUCCUAUGUUUUAUUUUUGUUGAGUUUUUUACUGUUUACGGUUCGCAAAGCAUUUUUCUCUCAUUUAAUUGCUUACACCCCGUUGACGGUAAACUAGCACUUGCCUCUCUCAGAAUCUUUGUCGCUGUGGAGUAUAAAGUCAUUCAUAGGACAAAAAAAGUGCACUGUUCAAUUUUCCCAGUUUACAGGUCUACGCUUAAGGGAAAUGCUGAAAUGCUAGCUGAUGAAUAGGGUUUCAUUGUUUAACAUAGAAACGAUUCAUGAGAUAAUCUAUUGCCAGCCACUCUAACCCCUUACCAAUAUCGCCCGCGACCCCUGACCUUUCACUUUUAACCUUUUGUUGCUGUCCCUUGGGCUCUCAGACAGCGGUGACUGGCUAACCACCCCCAUGCUAAACAAACAAUUUUAAACUUGUUCAAGAAUUCGUUUUUUUUUGUACAAAUCCUUUUUUUAAAGCAUAAAAAUUAAAGUGACAUUUUUUGUUUUUAUAACACUUCAUUACCUUUAGGGGAAACUGUAUUUAAGUUUCAUUGUGGUUAUCUUUCUCUCUGUCUUGGUGUUCAGGACUCGGAUCACAGUAUAUAUAAAAUGGAGAAAAAAAAUCUGUGACCUUUUUAUUUUGCCUUGACUCUUCACAGCUCUUCAGGUUGAAUACAAUUUGCAUUUGGGAAAGGUUUAAGAUUAUAUAUGAAUAUAUAAUAGAAAAACUUAAAUAUAGGAAAAUGCACACUCAUGUCAAUUCCUAUGCUUAAACACAUUUAUGGUCUACUUUUUUCUGUAUUUCUAGAAUGGUAUUUGAAUUCAAUGUUCACUUAGAGUAGGCACUAUAGUAUUUAUAUUGAGGCUCGUAUUUUUAACUGUUGCUUGUUCUCUCUAAAGGUAUUAACAUACCUUUUUUGGUAGUGGAAAAAAACCAAGCUGCCACGGUAUAUUUUUUUAAUUUGGCAGGAUAAUAUAGUGCGAAUUAUUUGUAUGUUUAAUGAAAUAAAAGAAAACCCAAUAAAAAAAAGAAGCUAAAGUAUGAGGCGUUUGGCGCUGUGGGUCAUAAGAUGGCCACCGUGCAGUCUCCUGGUUGUACAUAUCUUCUUUGGUUUGGUUUAGACCUUCUCUCUGCUGCCAUUCUUGUAUGCAGUAAUGCAAGCUGAUGUCGGGCUGGUCUGUUGUGUGCUUGUGUCUUUCUCACCUUUCCCACCUGACUACAUUCCAACAUCUUAAAAAAAAAAAAAAAAAAAAUAUGCAGUACAUCGAUUACAAAAAAGAAAAAAGAGAAACUUCAAAGUCAAUUCAUUUUUAAAAAGAAUCAAUGUUUUGCAGGAUUUUUUUUCAUUGCCAAAUACUAAAUGGUGCUUUAUAUUUAGAUUGGGUAUACUUUCAUAUGCAAGGCAUAUUUAAACUGAAAUGGAGUUGUGCAGAGGCCUGCUUGAGUUCAGACUUUUUUGUAAAUGGCAAUGCGGAAUAUUUUGUUAUCAGCCUUUUCUAUUCCUGUUCUGAGAGCUGUUUGUUGUAACUUGAACUUGAACUUUAUCUUUUACUAUGGGAGUUACUAUUUAUUAUUACUUAUGUGUUCUGUUUAAAACAGAGACAUAGAAUGGAUCGUUAUUUUGUUUUUAUUUUGUUUUUAUUUUGUUUUUAUAUUAUUUCUCUUUUUUUCAAAAAGAGUGGCCGAAGGUCAUUGGACAAAAUGUUUGCUCUUUUUGGUUGUAUUAGUGUCUGGUCUCUGUUGCAUUGGGCAAACCACUGUCUUUGUUUUCUGGCAGUUGUCUGCAUUAUCCUGUUCACACACACAUUUUGUCCCUUUAUCGAAAAACAAUUAAUAAAAAACAUUUAAG